AUGAAGACCAACACCCCCCUCCUCCUCACCCUCGCCCUCUCCCUCGCUUCCUUUUCAGUCGCCACCCCCGUCCCGUCUUCCCACUCCAGUAUCAACCGCCGCUCCGGCGCCCCUGCUCAUCCCAGGCACAUCACCCCUUCCCUCUCCAAGCGCGCCCAACGCGGCUCCUCAGAAGCCGCCGAUCCCACAUAUCAACAACCGGCCGGGCCCCUUUCUGAUGGGUCUUCCCCCCGUUCUUCACCCAUGCAGGUUGACUCGGGGAGCGACCGCUCUCCCUCCCCUCAGCAGCCGCAACAUGAUUCCGAUAUGGACGCCGAGGGCGAGACGGAUUCCGAAGCCGACGCCAUUGGCGAGACAGAUUCUGAGGCGGAUGCCAUUGGUGAGACAGAUUCCGAGGCAGAUGCCAUCGGCGAGACAGAUUCAGAGGCGGACGCUAUCGGCGAGACUGAUUCCGAGGCGGACGCUAUCGGGAGCCCGGAUCCGAGUUAUGUCGCUCCCUCAGGUGGCGCUGGAAGGGGAGAUGGAGGGCAGGGCAGAGGCGGUGCGCAGGGGCAGGGGGCCGGGAGAGGACGGGGGACGAAUGCUUAA